AUGGUGCAGAUAAGUGAGGUCAAAGAUUCUCAAUCUAGAGAGAGUAGAACUGCGGCACAUACCCACAUCAAAGGGCUGGGUCUGGACGAAUUUGGAAAUGCCCAUGCCAUCGAUGGUGGUUUUGUAGGCCAGAAAUCAGCCAGAGAAGCGUGUGGUAUCAUCGUUGAUCUUAUCAAGUCCAAAAAGAUGAGUGGAAAAGCCAUACUGCUGGCUGGUGGUCCAGGAACCGGAAAGACCGCCUUGGCCUUGGCGAUCUCGCAAGAACUAGGCCCAAAAGUGCCUUUCUGCCCUAUUGUUGGAAGUGAAUUGUUUUCCGCGGAAGUCAAGAAAACCGAAGCCCUGAUGGAAAAUUUCAGAAGAUCUAUCGGUUUGAGGAUCAAAGAAACGAAGGAGGUGUACGAAGGUGAGGUCACAGAGCUCACUCCUGAAGAGAGUGAGAACCCACUGGGGGGCUACGGAAAGACUAUUUCCCACGUGAUUGUGGGACUCAAGAGCGCCAAAGGAACGAAACAGCUACGUCUGGACCCUGUUAUAUACGAGAGUAUCCAGAAGGAAAGAGUUGCCAUUGGCGAUGUCAUUUACAUAGAGGCAAACACAGGUGCUGUGAAAAGAGUUGGAAGGUCCGAUGCUUAUGCCACCGAGUUUGAUCUGGAAGCUGAAGAGUACGUUCCACUUCCAAAGGGUGAUGUUCACAAGAAGAAAGAGAUUGUUCAGGAUGUGACGUUGCACGACUUGGACGUUGCCAACGCGAGACCUCAAGGAGGCCAGGAUGUACUGUCCAUGAUGAGUCAGUUGCUGAAACCAAGAAAGACGGAAAUCACCGAGAAAUUGAGACAUGAGGUCAACAAGGUAGUGCAAAAGUACAUAGACCAAGGUGUCGCUGAGCUGGUUCCUGGUGUUUUGUUUAUUGACGAGGUCAACAUGCUAGACAUUGAAUGUUUCACAUACCUGAACAGGGCCCUCGAAUCCUCCAUAGCCCCUGUGGUGGUUCUGGCUUCGAACAGAGGUAAGACAACUGUGAGAGGAACCGACGAUCUGGUUUCACCACAUGGAUGUCCUCCGGAUCUCAUUGACAGAUUGCUAAUUGUCAGGACCCUGCCUUACUCUGCUGACGAAAUCAAGUCGAUCAUUGCCAAACGUGCAAAGAUCGAGGGUUUGGCCCUUCACCCAGAUGCUUUGAACAAAAUCGCUCAGCAAGGUGUUGCCACGUCGAUGCGUUAUGCUUUGCAACUUCUGGCACCUGCUGGAAUUUUGGCUGGUAUUGCUGGUAGAUCCGAGAUCACUGUCCAGGACCUCGAGGAGUGUCAACUCCUGUUUCUUGAUGCCCGCAGAAGCACAACGGUUCUGGAGAACACUAAGGGCUAUCUUUGA